ACAAAAAAACUUGUCCUUUUAUUGCAUCAACACCAUGACCGUCCUAUAAAGAUUUUUUUUUUUAGUACAUGUCAGACAAAGUGGAGGAUCCUGAUGAUCAGAAAGAUAUAAAAAGAUGCAUUCAUCGCCUGAACAUUCACAAGAUUCUGAGCGUAUACGGUGAAUCUGAUCCUCUGAGCUGGACGUCUGAAGCGAUGAUCACUAACAUGAUUGUGUUGCUGUGUUUGUCUGCUCUGUUUCCCGUCUUAAUGUGCGGUGAAGAGGUCAAAUCAGAUUUUCUUUAUGUCAAAGACUGCUCUGAUAUUUAUGCGAGUGGAUAUAGCACCACUGGUGUGUACACCAUCACCACAGCAGAUGGACCGGUGCAGGUCUACUGUGAUGUGGAGGCUGUCGAAAAAAUUGAAACGGGACACUGGCUGGUGUUUCUCAGGCGAAUGGACGGCGAGGUGAAUUUCUUUAGGCGAUGGGAGAGUUAUAAGACGGGUUUCGGUAAUAAAACAGGCGAACACUGGCUAGGUUUAGAGCUUCUUCAUCAGCUGACGCGUAAGGAUCAGUAUAAACUCAGAGUAGAUUUGGAGGACUUUGAUGGGAAUAAGGCUUAUGCUGUGUACAAGUCUUUCUCUGUGGGCUCCGAGGCUGAUGGAUACAAACUGCAAGUGAGCGGCUUCGUCAACGGAGGAGCAGGUGACUCUUUAUAUUAUCACAAUGGGAUGAAGUUCUCCACCUAUGACAACGACCAAGAUAAUUCAGGGAGCAAUUGUGCUAUGAUAUAUUUUGGAGGAGGGUUUUGGUACAACAAAUGUUAUUACACAAACCCCACUGGGCACUAUUUGUGGGAGAAUGAUGGGACAUUAAUGGACACUGGAGCCACCUGGUACUAUUGGAAGAACAGCUGGGAUCCUCUGAAGUCCAUCACCAUGAAGAUCAAACGUGUGAAGUAGAGCCGGGCUUACAAACGCUUCACUGCAGCUUUUUGUGCACAUCCACAGCUUCAUGCAUAUAU